AUGCAUCUGCACCACGACACGAGGCAAUACCUGCUGCAUCUUCACCAAGCGUGCGAGUGCAAGAUGGAUUGUAGCAAACCGAACCCCAAGGAAGCUCCACGCGAUGCGCGCGUUACUGGAAGCCGAUCACCCACACCACCCCCGUCCGAAGUACCCCCAUCUUCGACAUGUGAGCCCAAGUUCGCCAACCCCCGUCAGACGGCCCCAUCUGCCGCGGCACCGCCCAGACGUACCUUCUUCGACCCUUGGAACAGCUCUGGUACAGGCCAUCAACGCGCGGAAAAUCGCCUUUCUGGCUCUACCGAGUGGCGCACCUCGCGCAAUCUCAAGCUUGUAGAGCAAUUCAGGGCCGGUAUAGACGGGGGUAAGAGGGUGGCCGACACCGUGGGCGCAGGGAGUGACGACUCUGCCAAGCAUGGCCGCAACGUCAAUGGUACUUGGGCGAAGGAUGCAAAGAGCCUCAGGACAGGGGGCCAACAGAGCCUUGCAGAAGCAUGGGCUUCCAACAACAAGGCGAGCUGGAACCUGCCACAGGAUAGUCACGUCGAGACUACUGAAAUGCAACAUGAGCAACCAUUAUCAAACGACGACCAUACUGACGAGCAAGGUAUAUCUGCAACCUCACUGCACAGACGCAACAACAAUAAUAACAGUGCACAGCAGGAUCUCAAGUCAGGUGGCAAGGCUGUCAAGUUCAUCAACGCAGAAUGUAUCAAGGCAGGACGACGCCUCACUGAAUCGCGGUACUCGCCACUGAGGCUCACACCGAAAGGCCAAAACAGCAUUGCAGGCAUGAUGCGCGGUGGUGUUCCUUCUAACAAAGAGCAAGGAUAA